AUGGGUGGGAGAGAAAGGUUGGAGCUGACCCCAGAGAGUGUCCUGGCUGCAUGUUUGGGGGUGCAAGACAGUGCUGUAGGCGUGUCAGCGUCGCAGUUUAGACGACUCUUGGACGAAAUCAUCAGCAUGAAUGUUCUCGUAGACAGAGAUCAACAGUCUAGUGCCGCCAGCCACUUCCACAAUGAGGAGAUGGCCAGGGGUCGUGACCUCAUCACUGAAGGAAUAGUCAUCAUCAGACAAAGCCUACAACAGGACAGCCCAGGAGCGGCAAGGCGGAGUCUGGGUACCAUCAGUCACAUUCUCCAGGAUUUCUAUAGUCAUAGUAACUGGAUUGAUCUGGGGAACACAAACACAUACGCUAAUUUGUUACGGUCAGAUCUCCCCCUGGAGAACCUCGCAGAUACAGAAACCCAGACCUGCAGCCCUCCCAACAUCAUCCUGCCUGAUAUUCUGAGCACACAGAGACUUACCUCAGGAUACCUCGUUUCCCUGGGUGUACCUCCAGGUAAGUGUGGCCACAGGAGUGACUCCUCUCCCGGAAUCGAUAAAGAUUUUCCAGGAACAGACCUUCCUCCAGAUGUGGCUGAUCCUCAUCUUGUUGCAGCAAUAGCAGCAGAACGUGCAACUGAGGAACUGCUGCAGAGUAUUCGCAACAGUGCAGGGGAUGAAAGCUUUCUGCGGAUGCUGGGCCUCACUCGUUCCUCUGUGGUGUGUUUUGUGAUUGACACCACAGGGAGCAUGUCAGAUGACAUGGCUGAGGUCAGAAACAUAACAAAUGAAAUCAUCGAUAGUACCAGAGGGACACAAAAUGAACCUUCACAAUAUAUCCUGGUUGAAUUCAAUGAUCCAGGCUUGGGGCCUGUGCACAGAACUGCAGAUGUAGACGCCUUUAAGCAGAUUCUGGCUGGGAUCCGGGUCUCUGGGGGAGGAGACGCACCUGAGUUAAGCCUCGGUGGUCUACAGUUGGCCCUCACUACAGCACCUCCUUCAUCUGAGAUUUUUGUUUUCACUGAUGCCCCAGCGAAGGACACUUACUUGGAGGGCGCGGUCCGCUCCCUGCUGGACAGCACCAAGUCAAGGGUGACAUUCUUCCUCACUAAUCUGCUAUUUAGAAGGACAAGGAGGAGUGUUGUGACAAACCCUGUCAACUCGCUGUAUCAGGAACUGGCCCAAAUGUCCGGUGGACUGGCCAUUGAGGUUACCAAGGAUACGCUAUCUCAGGCCACCGGAGUCAUCCUUGAUUCCAUCACCUCUUCACUGGUGAAUCUGUUACAGAUUUCUAAGGAUCCUGGUAGCCCUGAGAAUUUCUCAUUCCUGGUGGAUCAAUCAGUCCAAAAUGUGACCAUUUAUAUUACUGGACUGUCAGUCAGCUUCACACUGAUCAGUCCCUCAGGUACAACUCAGGAGAGUACGAUGCUCUCUGGGCCUCUAGGAGUGGUGUCUGAGGUGGGGAAUCUCCAUAUGGUCCAUUUGACUGCACACAAUCAAACAGGGCUGUGGCAAAUACGCAUCAAUUCCGCUCGUCCAUAUGAAAUCAGAGUCACAGCGCGCAGCAGGUUGGAUUUCUCGUUCCAGUUUGUUGAACUCUUCCAGGGGCCUCAUCCUGGCUUUGUGGAGAUAGAGGGACGACCUCCAGCAGGGGAGAAUGCAACGAUAGUGGUAAGGGUGACAGGUGCCGGUUCCCUGUCUGGGCUGGAGUUGUUGCUGGUUGAUGUCGGCGGAGCCGUAGUUCGGAACACCACUGUGGAAUCACUGGGGAGGGGGGCGUUCCUCGUCUCUGUGCCACGUAUUCCAGACAGUCCCUUCAGACUACAGCUGCGGGGUGAAAAUGAUGGACAGCCAUUUGAGCGUCAAACACCCAAUCAGCUUCUAGCCUCACAGAUUUCUGUGCAGAUCCAGAGAACUGCCACUCUUGAACCCGGAGUUCCGUUUUCCAUCCCCUUCACCGUAACAACAAGUGGAAUUGUGGGUAACAUGGUCAUACGAGUCCAGGCUGACCGGGACUUUUUGACAGCAUUCACACCAAGUGAGGUCACACUAGAUGAUGCUGGCAGUGUUAAUGGUUCGCUACACUUUUUGGCUCCGAGAAACACACCAUUAGGCUCUGCCUCCACUGUGACCAUAGAGGCAGAAUCAGCUUCAAAAGGACAGUCUAACUACGCCCUGCUCCACUUGUCCGUCAUCAGAAGGGUCACAGACUUCACGCCACCAGUAUGUCGUGUCCUAAAUGUCAGUGAAGAGUGUCCCAUUCCCUGCACCAAUGCCACCUGGGAAAUCUCUCUAGUCAUGUCUGACGGUAAUGGAACAGGUAUUGAACGGGUUUUCACCCGCGGUGCCACUGGAAACCUCACAUUAGGGGAGGACAAGGAUGAAAGUGGGGCAAAUAUAACUGUAGUAUCUUUCAUCUCCUCCUGCUGUGAGGAGUCUGUGGACUUUGUUGCUGUAGAUAUGGCAGGUAAUGCUGGAGUGUGUUCCUUCAGAAUCAGGACCCCGACCACAACUACUACUACUACUACUACUACGACUACUGCCACCUCCUACUCCACUCACAUGGUCAGACCCACCUCCAGCAGUGCUUACACAAGAUCCUCUCUAUGGGCCAGUUUGAUACUGCUUGUCAUGGUGUACGUAAUGCUAUAG